ACAUUUUUCAGCUCUCUAUGCUCGUAUGCUCUUGAGAUUAGGAGAGUGUAAGGUCAGAAACAAGAGGGAAGUCAGUAUUCAUAUUGCAAGGAAUGGCUUCCAUAACAAUGACAGCUUCAUAUCCCGGUGGCUCAGCCGCGGCCAUUGCGAAACAACCUCCCACAAUCGCCUGCUGUGGUGCUGCCACGGCCAAGGCCAUGGCCGCAAAGGCGACAGAACUCGAAAAUAAUACGAUCAGCUACAACAGCAAGGAAGAAACCAACACCAAGAGGAGGGAGUUGGUUUUUUCUGCGAUUGCUGCUGCGGCCGCAUGCUCCAUUGCUGAAGCUGCCAUUGCAGUUGAGCCGAAGCGCGGGACACCGGAAGCUUUGAAGAAGUAUGGACCUGUUUGUGCCUCAAAUCCUACAGCCAGAAUUUGUCGAAAGUGAGGGUUAAACAUUUUCUUCAUGGUUUGUUGUGGUUGCACAAGAAUGUAAAAUAAAACCUCAUUUGUGUUGUUUACUUGUCCUCUUCAUUGCUUUAUGUUGUCCAAUGAGUUCAUAUGCAUCUACAUUUCCGGUUGCUGUGAG